UUUAUCAUCACUGUUAAUCCGUUCCAUCUUACUCUUACCAUUACCGUACCAAUGGAGUCUGGAAAGGAUCCUGUAACCUUCGCCGAGGCAGCGAGUAGGCAAGCCGCUGCCAUUACGUCUAAAAGCGCUAUUAGAAUGCCGCCGUCAGAGCUGUAUAACACCUUUGAAGCUUGGUAUAACAACCAAUUUCCCGAGUUGAGAACGUCAAUGGGAAAUACAGCAUCGACUUCAGAUCACAGACGGCGGCCGACCUACAACGAGCUACACCCUACUUCCUUCCGAAAGCAAGAGUACUACUGCAGGCUGCGCCCCCCUUCCCUCCGAAAGCAAGCGCUCAACUACAGACUGCGCCCCCCUUCCCUCCGAAAGCAAGCGCUCAACUACAGACUGCGCCCCCCUCCUCUCUGAAAGCAAGCGCUCAACUACAGCAGACAUCUGCAGGACCCCGUCACCAGACGCACAGAUUAUUGUUGAGGUUAGUGAUUCUGAUGACAGGGCAGGCUGGCAGACGGUCGCUAAGAGGAGGAGAAACGUCAAGACUCGCUCAAAUACCGCUAGCAGCGGUAGUGAAAGCGAAGGGGAUAAAUUUAAUUUGAAAAAAAUUCAAUUGUCCCCGUCGCAAAUACCGCUGUUAGGGAUUUGAGUGAGUCUGUGACGUAUAAGGUGUUGAAAGCAAACUAUUUAUUUACAGUUUAUGGGGAGAGAGUUCUUCUCACCCUUAAAUCUGGGAGAGAAGAACUCACUGUUUCCCUUCCACAAUAUUAUAUGAACGUUAUAACCCAGCAGAAUAUAUCUUCCUUUAAUAGAGGAAGAUAUAUUUUGAGGGUUAAACACGUUUUUAAAAAUAUUGUGGGAGGAGAACAAAAGAGGUAUCUCAAUACGAGAAUAAAAUUGAUGGAGGAGGGGUAGGGGGGCUUAGAAUGAUAUUUGUUAAAAAUAUUUGAAAUAAAUUGUUGAAAUAAGUAU